AGAAACGGAGACCAUGGACGCCCAGUGGCUCAACUACCCUGCCUCCGGAGAUUUGCCGGAUGAUGAAGACAUUGGCGAGUUCAGGCCUCACUUAACUUCUGAUGGGUUGGAUAUAGACGAGACAUCUGGGUCUGGAGACUACUCUGACUCUGAAGAUGCCAUAUAUCUGACCACCAUGGAUACUCCUGUGAUAUCUGACAACUAUAUCCCUGGAGAUACUGAGAGAAAGGUAGAAGGCGAGAAGAAAAACACAGUGGUGGACAAUGAAAUCAUUCCAGACAAAGCUGUACCUGUCGAAGAGAACCUGUCCAACAAGAUCUCCAUGGCGAGCACAGCCAACAGCAGCAUCUUCUCAAGAACAGAAGUCCUUACAG